ACUCUACGGGAAGGACAUUGGAAGAGCAGAAGACGAGAAAGAUGGUGAAAGUCACUACAUACUUCGCCUUGUCAUUCGGUGCCUUCAUUUUCUGGAAGUCCAUGGACAAACUCCACGUCUGGAUUGCGCUCCAUCAGGACGAGAAGCAAGAGAGAAUUGAAAAGGAAAUGGAGAUCAAGAGGGUCCGACAAGAGCUACUGCAACAAGCCAGGCAAAAGGAUUCUCUGGCAUAAGCUUCUCAGUUGUUAGCAGGGGCCCUACCUGUGAACUUCCUAUUUUGUAUUGUUAUGUUAUGUUAUUUUUUCCUUAUUCUCUUAAUAACAGAUUCCACCCAUAAAACGUAGUAAAAUUUCAAACUGAAUGGUAUAUUCUCAGUGGAAA